AUGAGUCAUGCCUUUGCUGAAUUUUAUGGGCAAUGCAGCAACAAUAUGACCGAGGCAUUGGCCAUUUGGAAAGGGAUUAACAUAUGUAAGGAUAAUGGUUUUCGGAAUGUUAUGGUGGAAUCUGAUUCUCUUAUGGUCAUCAACAUGAUCAAAGAAAAGCUAAAACCACCCUGGCAACUAACUGAGAUUAUUGUUAAGAUUCAGAGAUUAACUAGACAUGGUGAUUUUGAGUUCAAACAUAUAUACAGAGAGGGAAAUUCUACAGCGGACCUAUUUGCUAACUUGGGAGAAGACUCAAAAACUUCUACUAUCUUCACUGAAGCUUCCCUCCUUCCUGCUAAGGUUAUAGCUUUAAUGAAGCUAGAACUUGAUGGGCUCCCAAAUUUCAGAUUUAGAAGCAAAAGAAAUAAAUUCAUAUCGAAUGGUAGCUGA